UACGUUGCAGAUUGAAAAAACAUUGGCAAGAAAAAUAGUUUAAAACCCAAGAAACAGAUUCUUACGUUGUUGGAUUUAUCAUGGAAUCUCAAGAACAAAGUUUUUUUAACCCCACGAAUCAAAACGUAGCAUCUAAACCUGAGACAGAAGAUCCAAUCUCACGACUAUCUUCUUCUUCUUCGUCGUCUUGUUCUUCCAUAGAAGCCGAACCACGACCUGAUGAGAAUCUAAACAGCAACAACAACGUAGAUCAAUCUCCUCCGAUACAAGUCAUGGAGAGAUCUACAGACAACACAACAACAACGACAACGACAACGACCUCGAGCCCUACUACACCUCCUUAUAGAAUCCCUUCACAUGUAUUCGCAAGAACAACCUCUACAGCUCCAGUUGAAUGGAGCACUAUGUCUAAUGAAUCUCUUUUCAGCAUUCAUAUGGGCAACAAUAGCUUCAACGGAGGAGAUUAUUUCAAAUCGGGCGAGCUCACGUUUCCUCAGCCUCCUUCACCAAUUACUCCUCCUUUGAAUUCCCCUUCACCAUCCCCUCCCCAAAAAGCAAACCAAGGAGGAGCCGGGGGAGGAGGAGGAGGAGGAGGAGGAGUGGUGGCUGAGGCCAAAACUCCGGUUGAUAUAGGCAAAAAAGCAGCUGAAACAGACAAAGCUUACCGCGCAAGUAAAGAAGACGAACAAAAAGCUGCAGCUAGUAUAAGAGAGGUUAUCAUGGCUAAUGAAGCUGCUAACAACAACAACAACAACAACAACAACAACAAAACGAAUAAACUGGAUCGUUCUGUUUCUCGUCGCACGGAAGAUUUCAGCCUCAAGUCUUUCGCUUUUCCAGUAUUGGGGAAUGCAGACAAGGGAGGGCUGCAAGGUUCCACGCCUCAAAAUAAGCAGAGGAAGCCUUCGCUGCCAGAGACACCAAAGAUUUCAAAUGAUGCGGCUGGUGGAGAUGAAGGGUUUAAGAAAGAGGAAGUUCCUAAAUCAGUAGCUUCCAAAGCAGAAGCUGAUCGUGCACCUAAUCACAAACCCAAAUGGCUGUCUUGCUUCCCUUGCUGCACAACCUUCUGCGUCUAAAUGAAACAUCUUUCUGAAGGAAUUGAGUUUGAUUUGUGUACUAUCGUUUCAGUUUGAUAGAGACUUCGUUUUCUUCUUCUACGUAUUAUAGAAGUUUGUUCCAAGAUUAACAAAAAUCGUUUUUAACCUUUGUGU